GGAGCGAUGCGGCGCGGUUGAAGAGGAUGAUGAUGAUUGGAGCAAUCAGGUUGAUGAGAAACCCAGCAAGGAAGGAAGGACAAGUGUGAGAGAAGAUACGGGAAGGAAACUCGCGGCGGGAGUGUGGAGGUUGCAAGUCCCGGAUGCGGUUUCUAGCGGCGGAGAUGAGAGGAGAAUGGAUGGGUUAGGGUUUCAGGGAAGUGCUGCUGGACAUUUGGGUCCUCUGUUUUUCUAUCACCAUGAUCAUAAACAUUCUGGCUUCCAAACCAACUACAACUUAAGAAGCAUGCCUAGUCCUCCUGUUGCUCCAACAAAGAGUGGAUUCUUGUGUAAGGAGGCUUCGAUUCCAUUUCCCGACUCUGCGAUGGAGGCGGCAACAAAAUGGGAUCCUAUACGCUUAGCUGCAAGGGAUGACGUCCACCACAUCUACAGCAACGUGAGGCUGAUUGAUCAACGAGUGAAUGCUGCUUCUUCUAUUGAGAUCAAACUGGAGGAGGCUCGUGCUCGCAUAGAAGAUCUCGAGAGUGAGAAGCGAUCUCAGAAAAAGAAGCUUGAGCACUUCUUGAGGAAAGUUAGCGAGGAGAGAGCAUCUUGGCGGUGCAAGGAGCACGAGAAGGUCCGAGCGAUCAUUGAAGACAUGAAAGAUGACAUCAACCGGGAAAAAAAAGCUCGUCAUAAGUUAGAAGCUGUCAAUCUAAAACUAGUCAAUGAGCUUGCAGAUUCAAAGCUGGCUGUGAAGCGUCACAUGCAUGACUACCAAAAGGAAAGGAAGGCAAGAGAGUUAAUCGAAGAAGUUUGCGAUGAACUCGCCAAGGAGAUAGAAGAAGACAAAGCUGAGAUUGAUGCAUUGAAGAGUGAAUCCAUGAAUCUGAGAGAGGAAGUGGAGGACGAGAGAAGAAUGCUGCAGAUGGCUGAGGUUUGGCGUGAGGAACGUGUCCAAAUGAAGCUUAUUGAUGCCAAAUUAGCACUCGAGGAGAAGUACUCACAAAUGAACAAGCUUGUAGGAGAGUUGGAGGCCUUCCUCAGUUCAAGAAAUGCUACUACAAGUGUGAAAGAGGUGAGAGAGGCUGAAGUGUUAAGAGAGACUGUUGCAUCAGUCAGUGAUGUCCAAGAAGUCAAGGAGUUUACAUAUGAGCCCUCAAAACCGGAUGAUAUCUUAAUGUUAUUUGAAGAAAUGAACUUGGGUGAAGCCAUCCAAGAUGGAGAAACCGAGCAAUGCGUUGGUUACAGUCCGGUCAGCCACGGUUCAGAAGUUCACAGGGUAAGCUCAGAUAACAAAGGGAGACUCUCAAAUGCUCUAACUGACAAGAAUGGUGAAUUUGAAGAAGAUGACAGUGGUUGGGAAACUGUGAGCCAUCAGGAAGAACACAGAUCCAGUUUCUCUCCAGAUGAGAGCGUCCAUUUCACUAGCAACAAUCCUCAACGUGACAGCAACGUAUGGGCGAAUGGCACGGAGUUUCAGAAGACUCCAUCGAGAGAAAUAAAAGAAGUAUGCCCGGUUCCUAGAAGGCAGUCCAAGAAGGUAUCGUCAAUGGCGAAGCUCUGGAGUUCAAUAGAAGGUAUCAACGGAAGGGUUUCAUUUUCAAACGCGAGAAAGUCAAAUGCGGGGAUGGUUUCACCAAGGAAAGGCGGAUUCAGGACGUUGGACUUGGUGGGCUCAUCACCAGACUCGGCAUAUGCUAAUGUAAACCGAGGAGGGAUGAAAGGGUGCAUAGAAUGGCCUAGAGGUACACAUAAGAACAACGUGAAGACAAAGCUUAUGGAAGCACAAGUCGAGGGCCAAAAGGUUCAGCUGAAACAUGUCCUUGAGCAUAAUAUCUAGGCUACUACAUACUCUGAAGCUACCUGACUUAAUUCAAGGUGGCCGAGUUGCUAUUGCCAUUAUCUCUUGAUCUAGCCGGUCAAGCCUUCACGGUGGUAGCGAAAAGCAAAAUGAUCUGUGUUUGAUUACUGCCAUAGGCUGGCUUGGUUAGCUUCAGCUACUACCCAACCACUUGUUGGUUGCUAGGGAGCAAAGACUUAAUGGUAGUUUUCUUUGACCAAUUUUGUGGCUAUCUAGCCCAAAUUGAGAUGUUAGGUCAAUGAUAUUUCUUAUAUUUUACUACUACAUUGUCUAUAAACUGUAUGAUGCAUGUUUCUAGCUAUUACCAUUCACAAUAAUGAAGAGAUAUAUAUUUAAA